AUGUCUCUGCGAAACUCAGUGCGACGUGACCCCAGAAUUCUGAAGACGGUGUCUUCUGAGGCGGAGAACCCCGGGGCUGCCCCGGACGCCCCGUACCCCGACGAGGAGCCUGUCCAGCAGGAGGAGACGCAGGAGGAGGAGGCAGAAGCGCCCCGAAGCUCAUCCGAGAGCCGCGACUCCGAGGAGGAGGAUGCUCGCGAGGAACCUGAUGCCUCCCAAGACAGACGAGCCUCGGAAGAGUCCUUGAGGCCCGAGGCGGAUGACGACCGGGCGAGCUCGGAGGAGGGCUCGGCCGGCUUUCCUGAGGAAAACAGCAGUUCGACAGAAUCCAGCUCACUCCCGGAGGAGGCCUCCAGGCUCUCGACUGGCAGUGCUGGAGAAGGCCCACGAGGCUCGUCGCCCGGGUCGGAGACCGGGAGCGACGGGGAGGAGGCAGAACGCCAGGAGCUCGAGUCCGAACAGGAGAGCACAGCGCCGCCUCGGAAGAAGAAGGCUGUCACAAGCGACUACCGGGACUACCCGGAGGAUUUCGAGCGCAGCAGCUCGGAAAGCUCACGCAGCCUUGAUGAACACGAGUCCGAAGCAGGGGCGGACGACGUGUCCGAUUCCGCACCGGUUGAAAUGGUCCAGGAGAUCUCGUGCCGUGCCCCCGCCGCGGAGGAAGAUGACCCAGGCCCGGACCAACUUCCGGUCGUGUCCGUGACGCCGGGCCUUUCCUUCCUACCACUUGGGGCGCAGGGCAGUCCGGGAACUCCCAGCGACGAGGACAGCCGUGAGGUGGACGUGGACGCGUCGAGGAACGACACCGACAUGGACCACGAUGGACUCUGCAAGUCGCCCAGCUUUUCAGCCAGCUUCUCCCCAGAAGCGGACAUGAUCUCCUGUUUCUCCUUCGGUGACACACGCGGGAAAGCCGGCUACAUGGCUGCGGCCGAGGAAUCCCUGGCCCAGGAGUUCACUCCGGAUGCGUCCGCCUGGCGUGAGGAGGACCUGCACUUUGCCCAGCCGGCUACGUGGCCUCCACCCGCCCCGCAGCUGCAACCAGCUCUCGUGGUGCCCUCAGAUGCACGGCAACUCGCAGACACCGUGGCGUUGACAGUUAUGAGCUCCAGCUUCUCCCGCGGCGUCUCCUUGGACCAGUCGCCGCAUGGAGUGGAAACAGGUGGCUUUACCUUCACGCGCGGCGUCUCUUUAGAGCAGGAGGUCAACUUCUCUCGCAUGAGCUCAGGCGGCUCACGCGCUGACGGCGAGGACUCGCUUCCGUCUCGUCAAGGCUCUUUUGUUCGAGGCUUCUCCGAAGACGAUCUGGCGGCCACCUUGAUGCGGGCCUUUGAGGCGCUCGACGUCGAGCGUGUCCCCCUCCGUGCGCUACUCUCCGCCCUGGGCCGUUCUGAUGAAGAGGCCGAGGCUCUGGCAGAGGCGCUGCUUCCACACCUGCCCAAAUCCGAAGCCGAUGGCAUGGUGGGCUGUGAAGAGCUCACCCGUUGGCUGGCCAUGCCCUCGUGA